ACACACACACGCGCGCACGCACACACAAACACACACACACACGCUAUCAUUCGGCCAUUAAAGCCUCAGGACCAGAAUUCUGGAGAGGGGACCGUGCGCGUGCUUCACUGCAUUGCUUUUCCUGAAUCAUUUCAUUAAAGACAUGGGUUUCCAUCAGUCUGUCGGAUGGAUGCCUGGGAAUGCUGAUCUGUGCAUUAUUGCAGGAGAGGUGUGUUGUGUGGAUAUCUGGGGUCUGUUUUCAUGCUCAGCUUCUCUCUGAAGCGCUUCAGGGAAAGUUUUAUAACUUCCCACCUGUGCCACAGAACAAGAAAGAAAUUUCCGAUGAAGACAUCAGUAAUGGAUCUUAAAGUGGAACAUAUGGACAUUGACUACAAGCAGCCGCCUCCUCUCCAGGUGUUUGCACAAACCUCGACUCUUCACGGCAUCUCUCACAUUUUCUCCUAUGACAAGAUUACGGCCAAAUGCUGCCUGUGGGUGAUUUUUUUCCUGAGCUCUUUGACUUUCCUGCUGUACGUCUGUAUUGAUCGCAUUCAGUUCUACCUGGAAUACCCCCACGUCACCAAGCUAGACGAAAUCUCCACUCCCGUCAUGGUCUUCCCUGCCGUGACAAUUUGCAAUCUGAACUCCAUCCGCUUCAGCAGAAUCACGCGCAAUGACCUGUACCACGCAGGGGAGCUGCUGGCUCUGCUGAACUCGAGAUCUGAGAUUCGUGACGCUCCUCUUGUUGAUGAAAGCGUGAUGGAGGUUCUUAAGAACAAAGCGGAUUUUCGCAUCUUCAAACCACGGCCCUUCAACAUGUGGGAGUUUUAUAACAGAACGGGACAUGACAUCACAGAAAUGCUCAUGUCCUGCCAGUUCAGAGGUUCUCCGUGUCAACCUGAAGACUUCAGUGUGGUUUUUACACGUUAUGGAAAGUGUUACACGUUUAACUCGGGUGAAAUCCGGCCUCCGCUGAUCAGUGUUAAAGGAGGGAUGGGAAACGGACUGGAGAUCAUGCUGGAUAUUCAGCAGGAUGAAUAUUUACCUGUGUGGGGAGAGACAGAAGAUUCAUCGUUUGAGGCAGGAAUCAAAGUUCAGAUUCACAGUCAAGAUGAACCUGCGUUCAUCGAUCAGCUGGGGUUUGGUGUUGCACCAGGAUUCCAGACAUUCGUAUCGUGCCAGGAGCAGCGAUUGAUGUAUCUGCCUGCUCCGUGGGGAAGCUGUAAGUCCAGUCCACCGAGCUCAGAUUACUUCAAGACGUACAGCAUCAGCGCCUGCCGUACGGACUGCGAGACGCGCUACCUGGUGGAAAACUGCAACUGUCGCAUGGUGCAUAUGCCUGGUGAUGCGCAGUACUGCACCCCUAUGCAAUAUAAGGAAUGUGCACAUCCUGCACUUGAUUUCCUGGUUAAAACAGACAGCGACUACUGCACAUGCGAGACUCCGUGUAACAUCACUCGCUAUAAUAAAGAAUUGUCUUUCGUCAAGAUCCCCAGCAAAGCAUCGGUCAAAUACCUUGCCAAGAAAUACAGCAAAUCGGAGAAAUAUAUAGCUGAGAACGUUCUGGUUCUGGAUGUGUUCUUUGAAGCUCUAAACUAUGAAACCAUUGAACAGAGGAAGGCCUAUGAGGUGGCGGGUCUGUUGGGUGAUAUUGGAGGACAGAUGGGGCUUUUCAUUGGAGCGAGUAUUCUCACAAUUUUGGAGCUUUUUGACUACCUUUAUGAGGUAAUGAAAUACAGGUUAUGUCGUUGUUCUCACAAGAAGCAUCAGAAUAACAGUAACACUGAUCAUGGGACAGUUCUCGGCCUGGAUGAUGUCAAAUGUCACGUUGGAAAAUUUCAUUAACAUUCCUGCGAUUUUCCAGCUCUUCGCCUGCCACACACACACACACACACACACACACACACACACACACACACACACACACACACACACACACACACACACACACAGAUUAUGUUUUGCAUCCACCAGAUUUAGCGUGGUUCUGUUCUGGAAUCAUACUUUCUUUAAAGAAAUUUCUAAAAGUUUGUAAAAUAUUUUGUGGUUUUUUGAACAAGCUGUUUAUGAUGUCGCUUUUAAUGUCGAAACAUGAAAUAUGAAUAUGGCUCUUUUGUGUGCCUGGGCGUUUGGAUGGAAAUGCAUCUGUCGGCUUGAGGAAUUACUUUAUGUCAUAUAUUAUAUAUUAGCAUCGUAAUGGAUAUGAUAUGGCUGCGAAUGCAUUGUGACAGACAAAUCAUUUCACAGAGUGAAUACCAGUGUGAACUACUAUACAAAUGCCUAUACAGUAGGUGCUUGGAGGCAUCUAUGAUAUGAGCAUGAUAUCAUCAGCCUGUGCCACUUCAGAAAGUUCGACCGUAGAUAUACCCAAUGAGGUGCAUGCAAGGUCUCCAAGACUUUCUGUAUGUAUGCAACAUCAAGUUUGUUGCUGAAGGUGGUGUGUUUGUGUGUGUAUGUGCGUAUGUGUGUGGUUUGCAUGUUUGUAUAAGUGUCUGUCGUGUGCCAUUCUGUCUUUUGGCUGUGUGAGAGAGAGAAAGCCUGCACAUGCAUGUGUCUGUUUGUAUGGGUGUUUUUGUGCAUGUAUAUAUUACAUGUGAUAUUACUGGAAAGGAUUGGCAAAGGUUGAACCAACAGGGUGUUGAGUUUUUUUUUUAAGUGGAGUAUUGUGGUGAUACAUUAUUAUAAGUCAAAUACCCGCUGAUGGAAUGUAGUGUUUUCUGCAUUAAGUUGUGAAGUUUAUGGCCAUUUUCUUAUGUCUGAUUUAAAUGGGUUCAGUUAAUUUCAUACACUGUCAUUCACUUGAAUUGUACCCUUUAUAAAGGCCCUAUUAUGUACCAUUAGGUACAGAUAUGUAUACAUUUGGUACCAAUAUGCACUUUUGAGGUACUACUUAAACUCUUUAGGUACAAAUCUGUAUUUUUUCAAAGGGUACCUCCCCAGUCGUAGUUGGGGUACAUAUUUUGACCAUUUUUCUGACUGUAUUCAAAAGCUGUCUAGGGCGGUACCUUUUCCAAGAAGUACACCUUUGCACCCAUAGGAUGUAUAUUAGUACCUCAAAUAUGCAUAUCUCUACCUAAUGGUGCAUAUUUUGAUUUUUUUAAAGGGUAUCUCAGUGACAGCUUUUAACUUUUUUGACAUUGUAGUGUGGUAUUUUUUAUAUUUUAGUAAAUUCACAAAUUUAGUUAAUUUAAAAAGAAUGAUUUUUUAAAAUGUUUAUAAUAUACAUUUCUGUAUUGUUUUGAUGUUUAUCGUUUGGCUGUACUAAAAUAUGUUUUUUUUUUAUAAAUAAACAUGCAUAACUUUAUGCCUUACAUUGA